AUGUCCAUAUCAAAGGGCUCUGCUUCUGAUCUCUACCGUCCAUUCCUUUAAAACUAAAUCACAUUUUAUCACUCCUUUCUCAUCUACAAUUUUUACGAAUCAGUUAUUCCAUCCAAUUUCUUCAAUUUCACCCACUAUCUCCGAGACCUCAUCUUUGCAGCCUUCGAAUGUAUGUCGAAAAUCUAUCCAUUCUUGCCAUUGCCAUUGCGAUUACCCUUUAUCAGAUUUUGCGCAUUUAUCCAUGUGGAUGCAUUGAAAGGGUGUACAUGCUAAUUAACUAUCGCAGAUUGGAUUACUGUCGUUGCGUCGCCGGUAUUCCUAUUUUACGAUUUGAAUCGAAUAAUUCUCUCUCUCUCUCGACUCACCAUACACCUCAACUUAUAUUUUGGAACUGCGAGCGGUUUCUUCUUCAAUAACCUUUUAUAUUUUACUUGAACCAUAUGGUAUUCUUCUAGGGAUUUGUCCAAUUGUUGGUUGUUCGACCCGAAUUUAGGCAACAUGGCUACCAUAUCAACAACUGCACAGAAUGAGGUUGGCGCCCCUUCACAACUUCCCACCUUCGUCUUUCCCGCAAGAGCAUCUCUAUCAUCUGCCCCCUCACCAUUUCCCAGAACCUCAGGUCGACGCCCGAUGUCUAUACCUACAGAAUUGCCAAGUUUCUCCUUUAAUCAAUCAACGACAUCGUCCGCAAGCCCUGCAAUUUCUCCGCCAGUCUCUCCAUGUUUCGCAAAUUUCGAUUUAUCCAACUCUCCUAGAGCGGCUGUACAUCGCAGAGGUACGAGUGAAUUCAUAGGUGGAGAUGGAAAGGUGGGCUCGAGCGCAGGAUUGAUGAGUACCAGUCCAACUCAAGGAGACAACGUUUUACCUCCGCCUAAUCCAGGAAGACGUGGGCAUGCACACCGACGUUCCGCUGCUGUGUCAGCGCAUGAUAUCAAAAUGAUUCUGAAUCAUAAUGCUCCAAAUACACCGUCAAUCCCGCGAGGAGGAUCCGCCCCAACAUCUCCAUCCAGUCAUGAGAAUCAACAAGCUGCACCCGGGCCAGCUAAACCUGCCAGCAGUGAUGACGCUUCUGCUGUCAAAAUACUCAAUCGUGCCCGCGUCGGCUUCUCAGCAAAUGUGGAAUUCAUUCCUAGGCCGGUGAGCGUAGUUUCUAGUGAUACAUCUAGCACAGUCACAAUGCGACCAACUCAUUCAGUAUCAAAUUCUCUGAGCUCGGUGGUGUCUGGGGGAACCGUGACUCCUCCGGCCACUCUCGCUCCUCCAAAUAAGAACCUUCUCGCCCUGCCAUCGCCCAAUAUUCGAGGGGCAGAUUCACGGCCUAGAACCGCAAACGCCAUUUUGGACCCAAUUAAGGACACAGCUCAGCCAGCAGAGACCUCUGCAUCUCAGGGACGACGUGGAUCCAUGCCUUUACUCAAUGAUAUUCAGGCUAUUGCCCCUCCAAGCCCUAGGAAAAAGUGGACGUUUUUCGGACACGAGCCAGCAUCUGGCAACUCUUCACCAAGCCGAUCGCGUCCUGUCAGCUCAACAUCCAUCGAUAAAGCACCAGACACUAGUGUAUCUGUUUCCUCGCGUUCAAGUCCCAAAGUUGACAUCGCAGACAUUUACCAGAUGCCGUCCAUCGAACCUUCAUGCUCCCGUAGGUCUUCGAUAUCAAGAAAAUCUGGCAAGAAGCAAAAGAAGGUCAAAUCUUGGGCAGGAUCGAUACUAUCGAGGAAGUCUCGUAGUCGUGGUCAGAAAAAGAAGGGAAGUCGUCGUUCCGCAACACCUCCUACGCGUCCUUAUUCGGCAAUGAGUGAUUCCGCAGCACUUGAUAUUCAACCUCUACCUGUUCAUGCUGAAGAAUCUCCUGCUCCCGAGCAGCAAGAUUUUGCAUCAUGGAAGCCAAGGCAAACUUACCCAUGUGAUGAUGAUGCUAUGAGUCCUAUCAUUGACCUAGAUGCCGCUCUUGGUCCUUUCAACACCCCUUCCUCCUACGGUGCUGAAUGGGAAUCACCGCAAAAGACAUCUUCUAAGAGACGAAUGCAUAGUGCAGCAGGCAUGGGUGGGUUCAUAGGACCGGGUAUGCAUUAUCAUCGACGAACCGAGAGUGCCCCCGAAAUGGUUCCAUUCGAAAAUAGAUUCGGUAUACACCGUCUUGGUAGCAGCUCCACUAUGGCUGACGUAUUUGAAGAAGAUGAGGAAGACGAUGAAUGGGAGGAUACGAAGGCUUCCUCAGACAAAGAUUCUUUGGCCAGAACCGAAGAUGAUGACCAAAACGCCCUCGGUAUCGACAUCACGGUUGUGGAGAUGGAAGCGUCCAAUAGCGAUAAGAUUAUGGAUUGGUCCAUUGACGAGUCACGAGGUAUAAGGCGAAAUGGUAGUGGUCCUAGUGAAAGUGAGCGUAAGAACAGUAGUGCGAGUCUGAAAUCCGACCACUCCAAUACGUCCUGGAAGGAUGAAUCAAACAUGGAAGAAGAAUAUAUCAGUCCAAUUGAGAUUGCAGAUGACUCCAUUCCGCCUAGACCAGAUUCUGGCGCACAGUCCUCCGAAUCUACCGCCACUCCACCUUUCCGCCCACGACCUGCCAAAGAUCUUGCACCUGUCGAGAUCAAUCCUUUCUCUCUACAGCCUGCAUAUCUUAUACCAAAUAGUCCUCAUUCUACCAGUCACUCCUCAUUCCCGUCUCCCAGAUCGCCAUUCUCGUACGAUACACAGCGCAUAUCCACAGCUCCAUCCUCCAUUGCAGAUGAAAAUGCCUUCCACUCGUUACUACUUGGCGAGCCCGGACCAGAAUUGAGAAUGUCCGUAGAUGAUGUUCCAUCGCUGACAAGUAGCAAUUCCACCAUGACAAGAGAAAGUGGUGCAAAUCCCUGUUACAUCUUCCGAGACGGCCAACGUUCGGUCUCUGUUUCUUCUGCUAGUGGCCCAACUCGAAAACGCUCUAGUAUGGCUUCCUUGUCCCGCUUGAUAAGCACUUCUCAUGGCGAAAGAAGUAAACUGUCUAUUGAAUCUCGUGUCCCUAGCAGUUCCGACAUGGAGAAGAAGAAUAAAGGAAGCAAGAGCAAACGAAUCAGUCGCAUGAUUCAGUUCUGGAAGCCCAAGGAGACAAAAGAAUCUACUUGAUCGUUAUUUGUGCUUUGCCAUUUAACUCUUGCCGAGCCUCACCCAUCUCUACUAUACACAAUUCUACAUAUCUCACGGUGAUCGGAUUCAACUUUAUGACGCGAACUUGGUACAUAUGACCGGAAUGACAAUCUAUCCUCAUUUCAAUGCACAUCAUUGAACAUUGACGGGUUUAAUGUUUAUCAUUCCACAUCUCACGGCCAAUCAAUAUCAGAUUGGUCUCCUUUUUUCAAGCUUCUUUGGUUUAUACCUUGGCAAGGCACUUUGCACUUUUGAGCGAGAUUUCGGCGUUCUUCAGAUUUGAACAGGCGCGAUACAGAAGAAUAACUUUACUACACUACUGCAUAUGCAUCAAAUUUCUCUCCGGGAUUGGAAAGACUCUUGCAUUUAGGACAAGAUGUACGGGUGGCUAGUUUCGAAACGUUCUCUUAUUUUAAUGAUAAAGCUCAGUGUAUGGGGUGGCAUGAAGAUGAUUUAGUGUUUGCUUUGGAUUUUGCUUCAUCUGCUUUGGCCCCCGGGCGUUCGGGAAAAAAGAGUAAACUUUCAUUUCGACCACGGAAAUUCACAAAUAGGAAUUUUAAAGGGAGGAGUGGUUACAUCUGCUGUUGAGGGGCGCAAAUAUCUAUCUCAAACAGGAAACAUAUUUCUCAUCAUGAGAGAUAGAGUGGAAUGAUGGGAUUGAAGAAAGGGUGGCAUGUCUGUAACCAAUAGACUGCGUGAGCGCUCUCAUACUUAAGUAUGGUUGAUGCGAUUAACAUAAUGAAUAUACUGAAAUUAGAAAUAUACAUUCCUUUGUCAAAGUGCAAAAGAUAUAUAAAUGUGUGGUACUUGGAAGUGAUUUUGUGAUUUCUUGAUAUUCAAUGGUAUAGCUAAUUGUCCA